GAGAGUCUAGUAAUUACAGUUGGGCGUGCGAGUUGUCUGAAACUCGGUCUAAGGAGCUCCUUGGACUCCCCCAGAGAAAGGAAUCAUCAACAAAGGAAACAAGCUCCCAUCUCUCUGUUGGAAACCUUUAAGUCAAAGGAUGAGUCUGCAGUGGACUGCUGUUGCCGCCUUCCUCUACGCAGAGGUCUUUGCUGGGUUGCUUCUCUGCAUUCCCUUCAUUCCCCCCAAAAGAUGGCAGAAGAUUUUCAAAUCCCGGCUGGCUGAGUUGGUAGUGACCUAUGGCAUCACCUUCUUUGUGGUUCUCAUCAUCAUCCUUGUGCUGUUGGUCAUUGAUGCUGUGCGUGAGAUCCGAAAAUAUGAUGAUGUGACAGAAAAGGUGAACCUCCACAACAAUCUGGGUGCCAUGGAGCACUUCCACAUGAAGCUUUUCCGUGCUCAAAGGAAUCUCCAUAUUGCUGGCUUUUUCUUGCUGCUGUCCUUCCUGCUUAGACGCCUGGUAACUCUCAUCUCCCAGCAGGCCACGCUGCUGGCCUCCAAUGAAGCCUUUAAAAAGCAGGCAGUAAAUGCCAGCGAGGCAGCCAAGAAAUACAUGGAGGAGAAUGACCAGCUAAAGAAGGAAGCUGCUGAGGACAGAGGAAAGUUGGAUGCUGGGAGUACUGAGGUGAAGUUAGAGGAGAACAAGAGCCUGAAGAAUGGCCUGAAGAAGCUAAAAGAUGAGUUGGCCAACACCAAGAAAAAACUAGAGAAAGCUGAAAACGAGGCUCUGGCCAUGCAGAAGCAGUCUGAGGGCCUUACCAAGGAAUACGACCGCCUGUUGGAAGAGCAUGCCAAGCUGCAGGCCUCAGUACGUGGUCCCUCGGACAAGAAGGAGGAGUGA